CCAGGGCAGCGGAACAGGGUGACCCUGAGUAUUGAGACCUCGCAGCGAUGCUGAGCAGAUUUCUAGGCCCGCGCUACGGAGAACUGGCCAAAAACUGGAUCCCCACAGCCGGCAUGUGGAGCACUGUGGGUGCCGUGGGACUGGUGUGGGUCACGGACUGGCGGCUGGUCCUGGACUGGGUGCUGUACAUCAAUGGCAAGUUUAAGAAGGACGAUUAGGCAGCCCCCUCCCCCACCUCAGGCCUCGAUGGUAGCAUGCGCUGAGGCCUCAGAAACAGCUUAGUUCUGUGGAGGACAUGG